ACCCGGGCUAAAGAGGUUGCAGCAAGCGGAGAUCACGCCAGUGCACUCCAGCCUGAGCGAUAGAGGAAGACCUUCGACUCAAAAGCAAAAAAACAGCGCGAAAGAAAGCUGGCAAAAACCGUGACUUUACCCUGACAGACAACAGCAAAAACUUGUGUAAUUUUUGCAAACCUCGGAGAGUUUUGACACGUAAGAAUUUCAUUUAUACUAGAAACUUAUUAUUAACUUCUAACGUAUCACAAUCAUCUAUUUUUUGUAGUACUGCAAUAUUCAGUCUCCGUAGAGACUGUCAAAAAUUGCCAAUGCCGACUAUAUUGCAAGUCGUCAUGGCGGGGUAUUGGGAAAAGUUUUCAAUUAGCAAUAAUCGCGCCUCGGAUAAACCUCAUUGGCUACGAUACUGCCACUGCGCAAAGCUAUUGAGAUGCGCCCCCUUCUCAUCACUCCCAAUAAGCCAGCUUCCUAUUUCGCAAAGAAUGAAGAUGAGCUUUGGGUUGACUUUCAGGUCAGCAAAAGGCCGUUGGAUCGCAAACCCCAGCUGGCAGUGCUCAAAAGCUUCCAUUGGGUUAUUUGUGCCAGCAAGUCCUCCUUUGGACCCUGAGAAGGUCAAAGAGUUACAGCGCUUCAUCACACUUUCCAAGAGACUCCUCGUAAUGACUGGGGCAGGAAUCUCCACUGAGUCGGGGAUACCAGACUACAGGUCAGAAAAGGUGGGGCUUUAUGCCCGCACUGACCGCAGGCCCAUCCAGCAUGGCGAUUUUGUCCGGAGUGCCCCAAUCCGCCAGCGGUACUGGGCGAGAAACUUUGUGGGCUGGCCUCAAUUCUCCUCCCACCAGCCUAACCCUGCACACUGGGCUUUGAGUACCUGGGAGAAACUCGGAAAGCUGUACUGGUUGGUGACCCAAAAUGUGGAUGCCUUGCACACCAAGGCAGGGAGUCGGCGCCUGACAGAGCUCCACGGAUGCAUGCACAGGGUCCUGUGCUUGGAUUGUGGGGAACAGACUCCCCGGGGGGUGCUGCAAGAGCGCUUCCAAGUCCUGAACCCCACCUGGAGUGCUGAGGCCUAUGGUCUGGCUCCUGAUGGUGACGUCUUUCUCUCAGAGGAGCAAGUCCGGAGCUUUCAGGUCCCAUCCUGCGUUCAAUGUGGAGGCCAUCUGAAACCAGAUGUCGUUUUCUUCGGGGACACAGUGAACCCUGACAAGGUUGAUUUUGUGCACAAGCGUGUAAAAGAAGCCGACUCCCUCUUGGUGGUGGGAUCAUCCUUGCAGGUAUACUCCAGUUACAGGUUUAUCCUCACUGCCCGGGAGAAGAAGCUGCCGAUUGCAAUACUGAACAUUGGGCCCACACGGUCAGAUGACUUGGCGUGUCUGAAACUGAAUUCUCGUUGUGGAGAGUUGCUGCCUUUGAUAGACCCACGCUGACCACAGCCUAAUGUUCCAGAACCUGGAACAGGGACUCUCACUUGAGUCUUGCUGCUAAAGGUAAUUGCCUUCUCAGAUAACAGAUUCCAGUUCCCAUUCGACAGAGUAGGGUGCACUGACAAAGUAUAGAAGGUUCUAGGUAUCUUAGUGUGUGGAUAUUCUUAAUUAAAACUCAUUUUUAAAAAAUAAAUUUGUUCA